AUGCUAACAUGCUACAAAGCACCCUAUGCACCUGCAUCUGAGCAGCCUGGCUCCGCGCCCUAUGCACCUGCAUCUGAGCAGCCUGGCUCCGCGCCCUAUGCACCUGCAUCUGAGCAGCCUGGAUCUGCACCCUAUGCACCUGCAUCUGAGCAGCCUGGAUCUGCACCCUAUGCACCUGCAUCUGAGCAGCCUGGAUCUGCACCCUAUGCACCUGCAUCUGAGCAGCCUGGAUCUGCACCCUAUGCACCUGCAUCUGAGCAGCCUGGCUCCGCGCCCUAUGCACCUGCAUCUGAGCAGCCUGGCUCCGCGCUCUAUGCACCUGCAUCUGAGCAGCCUGGAUCUGCACCCUAUGCACUUGCAUCUGAGCAGCCUGGCUCCGCACCCUAUGCACCUGCAUCUGAGCAGCCUGGAUCUGCACCCUAUGCACCUGCAUCUGAGCAGCCUGGAUCUGCACCCUAUGCACCUGCAUCUGAGCAGCCUGGAUCUGCACCCUAUGCACCUGCAUCUGAGCAGCCUGGAUCUGCACCCUAUGCACCUGCAUCUGAGCAGCCUGGAUCUGCACCCUAUGCACCUGCAUCUGAGCAGCCUGGAUCUGCACCCUAUGCACCUGCAUCUGAGCAGCCUGGAUCUGCACCCUAUGCACCUGCAUCUGAGCAGCCUGGAUCUGCACCCUAUGCACCUGCAUCUGAGCAGCCUGGAUCUGCACCCUAUGCACCUGCAUCUGAGCAGCCUGGCUCCGCACCCUAUGCACCUGCAUCUGAGCAGCCUGGCUCCGCACCCUAUGCACCUGCAUCUGAGCAGCCUGGAUCUGCACCCUAUGCACAUGCAUCUGAUCAGCCUGGAUCUGCACCCUAUGCACCUGCAUCUGAGCAGCCUGGAUCUGCACCCUAUGCACCUGCAUCUGAGCAGCCUGGAUCUGCACCCUAUGCACCUGCAUCUGAGCAGCCUGGAUCUGCACCCUAUGCACCUGCAUCUGAGCAGCCUGGAUCUGCACCCUAUGCACCUGCAUCUGAGCAGCCUGGCUCUGCGCCCUAUGCACCUGCAUCUGAGCAGCCUGGCUCCGCACCCUAUGCACCUGCAUCUGAGCAGCCUGGCUCCGCACCCUAUGCACCUGCAUCUGAGCAGCCUGGAUCUGCACCCUAUGCACCUGCAUCUGAGCAGCCUGGAUCUGCACCCUAUGCACCUGCAUCUGAGCAGCCUGGAUCUGCACCCUAUGCACCUGCAUCUGAGCAGCCUGGCUCCGCGCCCUAUGCACCUGCAUCUGAGCAGCCUGGCUCCGCGCCCUAUGCACCUGCAUCUGAGCAGCCUGGAUCUGCACCCUAUGCACCUGCAUCUGAGCAGCCUGGCUCCGCACCCUAUGCACCUGCAUCUGAGCAGCCUGGCUCCGCACCCUAUGCACCUGCAUCUGAGCAGCCUGGAUCUGCACCCUAUGCACCUGCAUCUGAGCAGCCUGGAUCUGCACCCUAUGCACCUGCAUCUGAGCAGCCUGGCUCCACGCCCUAUGCACCUGCAUCUGAGCAGCCUGGCUCCGCGCCCUAUGCACCUGCAUCUGAGCAGCCUGGCUCCGCGCCCUAUGCACCUGCAUCUGAGCAGCCUGGAUCUGCACCCUAUGCACCUGCAUCUGAGCAGCCUGGCUCCGCACCCUAUGCACCUGCAUCUGAGCAGCCUGGAUCUGCACCCUAUGCACCUGCAUCUGAGCAGCCUGGCUCCACGCCCUAUGCACCUGCAUCUGAGCAGCCUGGCUCCGCGCCCUAUGCACCUGCAUCUGAGCAGCCUGGAUCUGCACCCUAUGCACCUGCAUCUGAGCAGCCUGGAUCUGCACCCUAUGCACCUGCAUCUGAGCAGCCUGGAUCUGCACCCUAUGCACCUGCAUCUGAGCAGCCUGGCUCCGCACCCUAUGCACCUGCAUCUGAGCAGCCUGGCUCCGCACCCUAUGCACCUGCAUCUGAGCAGCCUGGCUCCGCGCCCUAUGCACCUGCAUCUGAGCAGCCUGGCUCCGCGCCCUAUGCACCUGCAUCUGAGCAGCCUGGAUCUGCACCCUAUGCACCUGCAUCUGAGCAGCCUGGAUCUGCACCCUAUGCACCUGCAUCUGAGCAGCCUGGAUCUGCACCCUAUGCACCUGCAUCUGAGCAGCCUGGCUCAGCCCUAUGCACCUGCAUCUGA